AUGGAGAGGAUUUAUGACGCCAAAAGGUGUGUAGAGGAGAAUCGUCUGGCGUUCACGGAAUAUCUGUUAACCGGAGAGGCCGGUCAUUGGUGGAGUAGUACCAAGAUGCUGUUGGAAGAUGAACACAUCCUUAUCACUUGGGAAAUAUUCAAGAAGAGAUUUUAUGAGGAUUAUUUCCCAAAUAGUGUCCGGUUUGCCAAAGAGGUGGAGUUCCUUCAGUUAGUACAAGGGGGAAUGACGGUGUCUGAGUACGCCAACAGAUUUAAGCAACUGAUGAGAUUUUACACAAUGAGGAUGAGUGAAGAAUGGCAGUGUAGAAAAUUUGAAAAUGGACUGAGAGAAGAUUUGAAGCCAGUCAAUGCCAGCCAUUGUAUUCAAAAGUUCCUUGCCUUAGUGGAGAGAGCUAAGGUGUUAGAGAAGAAUUUAAUGGAUGCUGAGAGACGUAAGAAGCAACAACAACCAAGCUCUAAGGGACCUAUCUUUUCAAGAAAAAACCCUGGUCCUAGAGCAACCCCUUAUUCUCGGUCCAUGUCAUCCUCGGGUCCUUCAGCUUUGACCGUUCGGCCUGUUAAUUAUGCCAAACCGUCCAGUCAACCGGGGAACAUGAGUUGUUUCAUCUGUGGAGGACCCCAUUACAAGAACGACUGCCCCAGGCAAGGAAAUGUCAGAUUCUGCGUCCGGUGCAACAGGAACGGACACUGGAAGAAGGAUUGCAAUAUGGGAAAUCGAGCACUCUCAAGACCGCCGCAUGUUGGCAUAUUUCAACAUAGUGGUGGCAGAGCUCAAGCAACUGGCCGAGUCUAUGCUAUCAGAGGAACUGAAGCAUCCAGUGCAGGUAACCUCAUCACCAGCACUUGCUUAUUAUAUGGAAUGCCCUGCUGUGUGUUAUUUGAUUCGGGGGCAACACAUUCCUUCAUCUCGAAGGCAUGUGUUGAUAGACUGGGUUUGGCCGAGAGAGAGAUGCAGCUUGAUUUGGUAGUGUCAACCCCAACAGCUGGUGAGGUUAGGACGUCUACAGUAUGUGUUAGAUGCCCUAUUGAGGUAGAAGGGUACAAGUUUAAGGUAAACUUUAUAUGUUUGCCUCUUUAA